GGCACCUCGCUCUGACCAGCAUGGCCUCAGACGCAGUCCAGUCGCUCGCCUCGAGGCUCGGAGCCGUCGACACCAACGACCAGGGCACCCCAGAGCCUCAAGCCUCGACUUCGGCACAGCCAGAGCCUCAACAGCCACCUCAAGAUGACCAGCAGCCACAAGCAGACGAGCCUCCAUCGGAGGAUGCGCCGCAAGCAUCCGCGCUCCUCGAGAACCUGUCCAACGAGGUCCAGGUCACGCUCGCCGACCAGCAAGCCGACCCCAACUCGCCCCUGUUCUCGGCCAAGUCGUUCGAGGACCUCAACCUGCAUCCCAACCUCCUCAAGGGCGUCUACAAGAUGGGCUUCCACAAGCCUUCCAAGAUCCAGGAGAAGGCCCUCCCGCUCCUCUUGCAGAACCCCGCGCGGAACAUGAUCGGCCAGUCGCAGUCGGGCACGGGUAAGACGGCGGCGUUCGCGCUCACCAUGCUCUCGCGGGUCGACUUUGACCUCAAGGCGCCCCAGGCCAUCUGCAUCGCCCCCUCGCGCGAGCUCGCGAUCCAGAUCCUCCAAGUCGUGCAAAAGAUGGGCCAGUACACGCCCGUCGAGUGCUUCUUCGCCGGCAAGGACUCGGUCCAGAAGGGCAUGCCCAAGCUCACGCAGCAGAUCGUCGUCGGCACGCCUGGAACGAUGAUCGACAUGGUGACCAAGGCGCGCGUUCUCGACCUGCGAGAGGUCAAGGUGUUCGUCCUCGACGAGGCCGACAACAUGCUCGAGUCGGGCUCGAUGGGCGACCAGAGCAUCUCGCUCAAGAACCUCAUCACCAAGAUGGCCAAGAACCCGCAGAUUGUCCUCUUCUCGGCAACGUUUGCCGACGUCGUCCGCACGUUCGCCGUGCGCUUUGCGCCGCAAGCGAACGAGAUCCGGCUCAAGCAGGAGGAGCUCUCGCUCGACGCCAUCAAGCAGUUCUUCAUGGAUUGCGACAACGAGGAGCACAAGUACGAGGUCCUCGUCGAGCUGUACAACCUCCUCACGAUCGGCCAGUCGAUCAUCUUUGUCAAGCGCCGCGACACGGCCGACGAGAUCGCGCGACGGAUGACGGCCGAGGGCCACCAGGUCACGUCGCUGCACGGCAAGCUCGAGACGACCGAGCGCGACGCCAUCAUGGAGUCGUUCCGCGACGGCAAGACCAAGGUGUUGAUCACGACCAACGUCAUCGCUCGCGGCAUCGACAUCUCGCAGGUCAACAUGGUCGUCAACUACGACCUGCCGCUCGACGCUCAAGGGCGACCCGACCCCGAGACGUACCUGCACCGCAUCGGGCGAACGGGCCGGUUUGGACGGCAGGGCGUCUCGAUCAACUUCGUGCACGACCGGCGCUCGUUCGAGCACAUGGAGGCGAUCCGCAAGGCGCUCGGCAAGCCCAUCGUGCGCGUCGACACGGCAGACUUUGAGCAGAUGGAGGCGACUCUGAAGGCGGCGCUCAAGGGAUGAGCUUGUGGUCGUCUGCAGCGAGUAGAGAGGUCUCCAGGUGCAAUUAUCGCCCAGCACGUGGCAGCGUCGACCUC